AAACGAAGAAAAAUUACAAAUUGGAGGGAGAUGUGCUCCGACGCUAAAUUGGGUUCCCGCCAUUUGAACUCUCUCUCUCUCUCUCUCUCUAAAAUAGUCUGAGGACAUAGACGAAGACGGUGAAGCUGGGGAUAAUUUCGGAAGCAGCCAUGGAAGAGAAAUCCGGCGGCCUGGAGAUCGUCUCAAUUGGCAAGCUGUACAGCGGUCCGUGGGACAAGAAGUACUGGAGCUCCACUAGGGGAAAAGACCGCUAUCCUUAUCCUGUUGGAUACAAAGCUUUACGUAAUCAAAAUGGAGUUACCUAUAAAUUGGAAAUCCUUGAAGGUCUUAAAGGGCCCCUUUUUUCGAUUAGUUCUAUUGAUGGUCAGUCAUAUAGUGGGCAAACUCCUGAUAUGGCAUGGGAGUGCUUUCAGAAGAAAGGUUGUCCUCGAAUAAAGUCAUUGCCUGGGAAGAGAUUCUCCUGUAAAAUAGACGGUGUUGAAUUUUUUGGAUUCAAGAAUGCAUCUGUCCAGAGGUUACUCAAGGAACUAGUUGCAGAUGUCACUGAAACUGCUGAGAAGCUUCCACCAGCUUCCCACUCUCACAACAACAUGGUUUUGGAGACUAACAAUCCAAGCCAAUCCAUUGAAACUGAAAUAACAGGAAAGAGGAGUAGGAGAGAAAAAAUAAACUCAUACAAUAAUACUGGCCUCAAAAAGCAAAGAUACGGAAAGAAACAAGGCAACUCCGAUGCUUCACAUUCUAUUUGCAAGAAACAUGAACCAGUUAAUAGUACCAGAGUAUUGUCAGGAUCUGUGAGAUUGGAAUCUAUAUUGCAAAAUGAGGAAAAACAAGUUUCAAAGGAGGACAGUUCACAAUUGGUGUCUCUAAAUAUAAAGGAUCAUCCUAAAGCUUGUCGUCUCUUCCCACAAGAUGAAAACGAAUUUUCAACUCAUGCAAUUCAACCACCUUUAGAAGAAGUGGGUGUUUUGCAUAAAGAUGGAAACCUUUUUGACAGGUCAGAAGUUUUAAAAGCUGAGGUGCGCGGUAACCCUUUUGUAAAUGAAGACAAUGAAGGAACACUAGUCACAAAUGAUUUGCAUGUAAAUAAUGACAUGGACCUUGACACACAUAAUAAUUUGGAUCACCAAACAGAUGACUCUUUUAAUCUAGCCUCAACUAGUGGAAAAGAUGGAAUGAGUUCCCAUGACACAGUCAUUCCUGAUGUUCUAAGAACUCGUUCUCAUAAAGAAGAAGAGUUGGAAAUAACUUAUUCAAAUUUAAGCUCAUCAAAGAGUGAGUUUGAACAAUAUCCUCGAGAAAUAGCCAAGUCAAUAUUGUCAAUUUUACUCCCUGAGCCACCAUCUCUGAUCAAGACAUUCUCAAGGAAAAAAAGGAAUAACGCAGAGCCUCAAGGAAGAUCUCUCUGUAUGUCUAAGGAAGAAAAUAAGAGUGAUCCUGAUAGUAUCACACGUGUCAGCAAGCUUUCUGCGAACUCAAAUUUGGAAAUGGAGGAAAAGAUUGAAUUUGCUCAAGGAGGUCAUGCUUCCGAUUUAUCUUGCAGACAUGUAGAAUCGAUAGUUCCUGAUAGUUUGGAUCAUGAUGAGGGGGCGUAUGUUCCAGAUACUGAACUGCCUGAAUCAUGUGAAAUUGUAGGACAUGUUGAAUCCAUAGUUCCUGAUAGUUUGGACAAUGAUGAGGGUGCUUAUGUUCCAGAUCCUGAACUACCCGAGUCAUCUGAAAUUGUAGAAGCGGAUAAAAGUUUUCCAGCUCUUGAUACUAAACUGCAUGAAAAAACCCAACUGCCAGAUAUUGUUGACUCAGAAGAAGGUUCACUAGUUUGCAAUGAUUUCCAGAUGAAUUUAUGCGCCAAUCCCAAAGACAUGCGGAGCAGUGAUACCAGUAUGGCUUGCAAGACGACUUUGGUGACAGCUUUAAUGGAAAAUGUUACUAACACCAUAAAUAUAUGUGGGGCUGUAAGUAGUGAAAACGUCUCUAUUGUUGAACCAAUGCUAGAAAAUGUUCCUCUAUCAGAAAGCAUCAUAUGUCGGGAAUUCAGAGAUGACUCCACUGCAGAGGUAUUUGCCAAAGCGAGUUCUUCGAGUGCUUUACACACAUCACAAGGGUAUUGCCAAACUCAAGAGGAAAGAAACUUAUUUGGUAAUGAACAGAAAAAUGAUCCCUCACUGCUAUGCCCUCAUGUUGACGAUAGAGCAACAAAUAUUGAUGGUGUGCUUCAUGAUGCGAGCCCUUUGUUUCAAAAUCAAGAAAAUAGUAGGAUAUUGGAUGGUAAACAUAAUUCAGAUGCUCACCCAACGAAUUCUUGCCAAGAAAUAUUUAAACUUGAUGCUGCAGCCGAGCACCUUCGAGAUAAAAAUUGUGUUACUUCGUUGUCAUAUAUGCAAAAUGAAAGAAAUGAUACUUCUGGUGGCUUGAGCGAAAAGCAACUUGAAAAUAAUGGUUCAAUCAUGGAUAUAGAAAAUAGUAAGAGCAAGCUAAAAGGCGCUUUGAAGAUUGUUGCUUGCUAUGUUCAUCCUGAGCCAGUUUCAAUGGUACUGGUGACAACUACCGAAAAAGAGGUUCAUAUAUGUGUUUUAAGUGGGCCCAAUUUGCAAAAGGGAAGAAAGCUUUAUCUAUACAAGGCACCCAUAAUGGGGGAAGAUGAGGGACACCCUUCUUUUGUUGGAUAUACGUCAUUAAUGUUACCAUUUGGAAGAGAUAUCGAACUAGACAGUUCUGCUUUGCAGUUUUCUCCUUACGGGCAAUACCUGUUGUUGUUGAACUGUAUAAAAGUUCCGUGCUGCAGGAAGGGUGAUGUAAAUUGUCGCUGCUCAGCAUGUGCAUCAGAUCUCCAUGAUAAUGCAGUAAAAAUCAUGCAAAUUAAAGCUGGUUAUGCUUCAGUAAUAGCUAGAUUACAAUCAACAAAAAGUGUCCGCUGCAUAUUAGCAUGUAUGCCUCAUCACCUAAUUGCUGCUGAUAACAGUGGGACGCUUUACAUUUGGGUAAUGGACUCGAAAUGGAGAGAGAAGACAGACGAGUGUUUUGUGCAAUCACCAAGUUGCAUGACCCCUUUAACAAGGUUGAAGAGAAUACCAAACCUUGUGCAUCUGGUCCUUGGUCUUAACGGGUUUGGGGAGUUCAGCUUAUGGGAUAUAAACAGGAGAGUUCUUGUUUCCAAAUUCUCUUCUCCUCACACUUCAGUUUUCCAAUGUGUUCCUCUUAGUCUGUUUACAUGGAAAGCAAGAUGCAAUAUCCUUCAAGACCUGUACAUUGAGGAGGUUUUUAAUGAAGUCGUGGAUGCCACAAAGGCAUCAUUUUCAGGAAAAGGUGACACCGAUACUGUCUGCUACUUAGAAGGUGACGAGGUGGGUGUUUGGCUUUUGGUUUCAACUACCCUUGGUUCUGAUAAAGCUGGGUAUCAAUCAAGUGACCUAAGUGAUCCAGUUAGAUGUUGGAAGCUUGCUUUACUGGCUAAGAACACCGUAAUCAUGGGAGAUGUGCUGGAACCCAGGGCUUCUGCUGUGGGUGCCUCCGGUGGCCAUGGAAUUAUCGGUAGAAGUGACGGACAUGUCUACCUAUGGGACUUCAUCACUGGAACUAAACUUGGUAGCUUGCACCACUUCAAAGAUGGGUCGGUUUCAAGUAUUGCAACAGAUGAUUCACAGACCGGAGCCUUGGCCAUAGCUAACGAUGGAGGUCAACUGCUUGUGUAUUUGCCCUCUUGAACUCACACCUUCUUUUGCCAGAAACUUCUUAUAUGAGAGACUCUGCAUCAGCAAGCAAUAUAUGGGACUGGUAUGUAACAUGAUUGAACAUUACAGCAGCAUUAUCGUUGGUUU